GAGUAGGUACCUACCUGUAAAAAUGUAGGUAAUAUUUACUUUCUCGUGAAUAUGAUCGCGUAAUGAAAAUAGAUUAUUAAAAUAUUUUAUUACAGUGAAAACUGAAAUUUAAGAGUUGUGGACGUUUAGUCAUUUAGAUUUUUUCAUAUAAUAUUACUUUAAAUACCUGUCCGAAUCAAAUUGCUCGCGUUGUUAUUGAAAAUCUAGAAACGAAUGUGCUUUUGUCAGUCGAAUCUGUCACUGAAAACAAAUCAUAAUAGUGUCUACAGUCUUCAGGGAAGAAAGUAAUAAUGGCAGUAUUGAAGAGCAGUAUUCAAUACAGUUAUCAAUAUUCAUCGUGACUUCAGGAAGGUGAGGGGAGAGUUUGGACCGCAGAAUGCCGAUCGCACCGAGAGGCCCCCCGCAUACCUCGGUACCACCUCACCGGCAGCGAGUACAUAAGAGACCAAACAUAACCCUCAAGUGUCCUUAGUUGUAAACAGUGUAACUUUUGUACGCCUCUUUUACGCCAACCCAAUAAGUAUAAGUGUAAACGUGUUGAGUGUUAGUGUAAGUGCGAGUGUGUAUAUGUGUGUCGAUGGUGCGGCCGACAUGGGAAAGUCCUCGGCGAGAACACAUGGCCAAGAAAAUGAACGAAGAAUCAAAGCGAAUAACAGAGAGUACAAUGCACAGUUCCGCUAUGCCAACAACUACAUCAAGACGUCGAAGUACUCUAUAAUUACCUUCCUGCCGCUGAAUCUCCUGGAGCAGUUCCAGAGGCUCGCCAACUUUUACUUCUUGUGCCUGCUGGUGCUGCAACUGAUCCCCGCGAUAUCCUCGUUGACGCCCAUCACCACGGCGAUUCCUCUAAUCGGGGUAUUGGCGCUCACAGCUGUUAAGGACGCCUACGACGACUUUCAACGUCACCAAAACGAUUCGCAAGUGAACCACAGGAGAGCCAAGACCCUCCGCAAUGGAAAGCUCGUCGAGGAGAAGUGGGCGUCUGUUCAAGUGGGUGACGUCAUUCGGCUGGAGAACGACCAGUUCGUCGCGGCCGACAUCCUGCUCCUCAGCAGCUCGGAGCCUAACGGUCUCUGCUACAUCGAGACCGCCGAGUUGGACGGGGAGACGAAUUUGAAGUGUCGGCAGUGUCUUCCGGAGACGGAUGCCAUGGGACAGGAUGACGCACAACUGGGAGCCUUCGACGGUGAAAUUGUCUGCGAAACGCCCAAUAAUCUACUUAAUAAGUUUGACGGUACGCUCAGCUGGCGUGAGCAGCACUUCUCGCUGGACAACGACAAGAUCCUGCUCCGCGGCUGUGUGCUGAGGAACACGUCGUGGUGCUACGGCGUCGUGGUGUUCGCCGGCAAGGACACCAAGCUCAUGCAGAACUCCGGCAAGACCAAGUUCAAGCGCACCAGUAUAGAUAGGCUACUUAAUUUUCUAAUUAUAGGGAUAGUGCUGUUCCUGCUGUCCAUGUGCGUGUUCUGCACGGUGGCGUGCGGCGUGUGGGAGUGGCUGGUGGGCCGCUACUUCCAGGCCUACCUGCCCUGGGACACUCUGGUGCCGGCUGAGCCCGCCUCCGGCGCCACCGUCAUCGCCUUCCUGGUCUUCUUCUCCUACGCCAUCGUCAUGAACACUGUCGUGCCCAUCUCGCUCUACGUCUCCGUCGAGGUGAUUAGAUUCGCGCAGAGUUUCUUAAUAAAUUGGGACGAGAAAAUGUAUUACGAGAAAACUGGAACCGCCGCUAAAGCGCGAACCACGACAUUGAACGAGGAGCUCGGUCAAAUCCAGUAUAUAUUUUCAGACAAGACGGGCACGUUGACACAAAAUAUAAUGACCUUUAACAAAUGCUCGAUCGCGGGCGUGUGCUACGGAGACCUCGUCGACGAGAGCACGGGCGAAACCAUCGAGCUAACAGAUCGACGCAGCGGCGCUAGCGGCGCGGGCGGACCGCGCGGCUCGGGCGCGACGACCGCCCGCGCGCGCCUCCUUGACCUGGAGCUCGAGCAGGGCCGCAGCACGCCCGCACACAACGCGCACAGGAUAGAACCGCUGGACUUCUCCGAUAAUCCCGAGUAUGAACCCGAGUUUAAAUUUUUCGACUGUAAGUUGUUGAAGGCAGUGAGACAAGGCGACUCCAAUGUGUUUGACUUUUUUCGUCUGCUUGCGCUGUGUCACACUGUGAUGCCGGAACAGAAGAAUGGCAGGCUGGAGUAUCAGGCGCAAUCACCAGAUGAAUCAGCGCUAGUCUCUGCGGCAAGAAAUUUUGGCUUCGUGUUUAGAGAGAGGUCCCCAAAUACAAUCACUAUAGAAGUUAUGGGUAACACUGAGGUGUACGAGUUAUUGUGUAUAUUAGAUUUUAAUAAUGUAAGGAAGAGAAUGUCCGUAAUACUUAAGAAGGACGGUGAAAUUAGGUUAUACACGAAAGGUGCUGAUAAUGUUAUCUACGAGAGGCUAAAGAGUAAUUGUCAGGAAAGUGUCAAGUUAAAAACACAGGAGCAUUUAAAUAAAUUUGCUGGCGAAGGGUUGCGAACGCUGGCACUGGCGUGGCGACCGCUGGAGGAGCGGGGCUUCGCGGAGUGGAAGAGGAGGCAUCAGGCCGCGGCACUGGCGAUACACGACCGUGACGAACAGCUCGACGCCAUCUACGAGGAGAUUGAGACUGACCUCAUGCUGAUAGGAGUAACAGCAAUAGAAGAUAAGCUCCAAGAUGGAGUGCCAGAAACGAUAGCCAAUCUAAGUAUGGCCGGAAUUAAGAUAUGGGUGCUGACAGGAGAUAAACAAGAGACUGCGAUAAACAUCGGGUACUCGUGCCAGCUGCUGACGGACGACAUGGCGGAAGUGUUCAUCAUCGACGGCGCCUCACACGACGACGUGGACCGACAACUGGCCAAGAGCAGGGACUCUAUUCGCGUCGUCAACACGUUCCUGCCGCACGGAAGUUCAGACUCGAAAAAUAACCGUGAAACAGCAAAUGGAGGCAACGUGCCCCGGCCGUCUCCGGGCCGCGCCGCCAACGUGAAACUGAACGCGCCCGCAGUUUCAGUCGUCACAUUUAGGUGGGAACAUAACUCAAUAGCACACAGUAAUGAGUACGUGAGCGGUCUGGGGGCGGGGACAGCGGGAGGCGUGGACUCGCACGAGCACAGCGACGACACCAACGGGUUCGCGAUCGUCGUCAACGGACACUCGCUCGUGCACUGCCUGCAUCCCAAGCUGGAGGACAAAUUUUUGGAUGUGGUGCUACAAUGUCGUUCAGUGAUAUGCUGUCGAGUGACGCCGCUGCAGAAGGCGAUGGUGGUGGAGUUGAUCAAGAAGAGCAGGAAGGCUGUCACGCUUGCCAUUGGAGACGGUGCUAACGAUGUCUCCAUGAUAAAAGCGGCACAUAUCGGCGUGGGCAUAUCGGGUCAGGAGGGCAUGCAGGCCGUGUUAGCGUCCGACUACUCCAUCGCACAGUUCCGCUUCCUCCAGCGACUGCUGCUGGUUCACGGCCGCUGGUCGUACUACCGCAUGUGCAAGUUUCUGCGAUAUUUCUUCUACAAGAACUUUGCCUUCACUGUCUGCCACUUCUGGUUCGCAUUCUUCUGUGGAUUCAGUGCUCAGACGGUAUUCGACGAGAUGUUCAUCUCGGUGUACAACCUGUUCUACACGUCGCUGCCGGUGCUGGCCCUGGGCGUGUUCGAGCAGGACGUGUCCGACGUCAUCUCGCUGCAGUUCCCCAAGCUGUACGCGCCCGGACACACCAGCCAGCUUUUCAACAAGACUGAGUUCAUCAAGUCCACCCUGCACGGCUGCUUCACCUCACUCGUGCUUUUCCUCAUACCCUACGGUACUUACAAAGAUGGAUUAGCGCCGGAUGGAAAAAUUCUGUCCGACCACAUGUUGCUGGGAAGUGUCGUAGCGACUAUAUUAAUUAUCGACAAUACUACACAGAUCGCGUUGGACACGACGUACUGGACGGCAUUCAACCACAUCACGAUCUGGGGCUCGCUGGUGAGCUACUUCGUGCUGGACUACUUCUACAACUACGUGAUCGGGGGCCCCUACGUGGGCUCGCUCACAGUCGCACUCACGCAGGCCACAUUCUGGUUCACCGCUGUACUGACGAUGAUGAUCCUCAUGGUGCCGGUGGUGUCGUGGCGGCUGGCGUGGUCGCGCCGCCGGCCCACGCUGGGCGAGCGGCUCCGCGCGCGCUGCCGCUGGCGCCGCGCCGCCGCCGCGCCCGCGCCGCGCACGCCGUCGGCGCGGCGCGCGCGGCGCUCCGUCCGCUCGGGCUACGCCUUCGCGCACCAGGAGGGCUUCGGCCGCCUCAUCACGUCGGGCAAGAUCAUGCGCCGCAUCCCGCACGCCGACGCCGCGCUGUCCGCGCUGGCCUCGCUGCCCGGCAAGUUCCACGCGCGCCCCGCCACCCCGCCCGCCCCGCCCUCGCCCCGCGCGCCCCGCCAGGACCUGGACUCGGUCGACUUAUGAGCGGCGACAUGAGGUAUGAACGACCCGUGCACUCCGCGCGGACGACUCUCGUUUCGCCUUGGAUCUCGAUUCCGUCGACUUCGUGAGAGAAAACCGACCGAGUUAUGACAGGGAAAGAAGACAGUAUUACCGGAGGCGGCGACGCGGGCGGGUGUGCGGGGAUCGUGAGAGACUGUAGCAGUGACCGUGCACUCGGACGGCCCCCGGCCAGUAUUAAGUUGUGUCCCCGCGCUCGACAGCCCGCCGUCUGCCCGACCGAGCGAUGUUUGUAAAUAGACCGUUUUACGAACCGUAUUUUCUUUGAUAGACGGCAUAAUGUCGUCGAAACUCAUAUUGUGAUAAUGUUAAUAGUUGAACGAUUCGUAUUAUAUUAUUGCCUAUAUUAAAUUAUAUUUGUUGAUUGAGAGUAUAUAUUGAUAGAUAUUUAUUAUGAUACGUACUAAGAUUACUCUUUUAUAUCGGAACACGUAGUUACUUCGUGAUUGUUCGUUCGUGUCCGGAGACCCACUUGCGCGUUCCCCGCCUAGUUUUGAACUAGGAGUUGAAUCGAGUUGUCAUAAAUGUUCUGACCAUAUCGCAAAGCAGUUGGCUAAUUGAAACCUUAAUUUUUAAUGUAAGACAUAACAUUUGUUAUUUUGUAAUAAUAGUGUUCGAUUAAAGUUGACAUGAUAAUGUUUUUUUAUAUUAUACGUAGAAUAUCUUAAAUCCUUUAACUGAUAUAAAAACGAUAAAUCAAUAUCCAAUUUGACAAUACAGCCCCGUGACAGUCCACUAUACAAUACACUUCUUAUCCAAAAGUGGAAACAUCUCUCUGGUUUUUUUAAUAAUAAAAAAUGAUUCUACUUGUAACGAUUUAUAUAUAUUAUAAAUAACGAAUUGUUUGUUUCAAAUUCAAAUUAAAUCUCUUUGGUUAUCAUGUUUUAUUCAACUGGUAUGUUUUUAGAAACAAUGGAAAGUUUUUUUUAAUGUUUGUUUCGUAUCUUAUAUGUACUUAAAGGACCAUGCGGCUCCUUUUUUAACGACUCUGACUUUGCUUGUUAUAAGCUAGCUAGACGUGUCUGGAGGACGAUCUCUCGCCCUGACUCGUGUCUCAAACUCAGCCCGUUAGUGUUCUAUUGAACUUACAUUCAAGCUUCUUUCUGGCCAGCUCAUAACCAUAAUACUGACUUCUCUUAGUUACUCAUUCACAUUAACUGAGGCAUUAGCCCAGGAAUUGUCCUGCAUGAAAAUGAAUACUCUGCCAGUAAACUGUUGGCUCGCUUGGUACAGGAGGCUCUAGACACUCGUCGAUGUAAGGUGAUCCAAUUGAUGACGGCAAGCGAGGUCCAGAUAAAAACAAGUUUGGUUUUCCAAUGACUGAUCCAUGAAUCGCCACCGUAACUCACUUUUUCUGUAAAACUCCCUCUUUUUGAUAUACCUUCUUUCUUCCAUCGGUAACAUACAGCAUGACAGGUACAUAAUAUAAUCAACUUAUGUGCUCAAGUACAAAUUUUUAGGUGCGCUCCUCGGUAGUCUACCGUCAUUUUGAAACUAUCACCUGUUUUUUAGAUUUCAAGCCACAGUCUAAAAAAUGUGAUUAAGUGCAGAAAUGACAUCGCAUACGCACUAUUCACUGUUUUGAGAUCAAACCUUAUAAUUAUUAAAAAUCGUAUUUAGUAACAAAUUGCUGUAAUAAUAUAAUUUAAAACAUUUUAAUCGACCACCCCGUACCGGUGUAACAACUUGAAUGCCUAUAUUCGUGGUCAACUGACAACGUCACAUUAGUGUUGCUAGUUGACUGUCUAUAUUUUACAUUCUAAUUGAUUAUUACAAUUUUCACAAUAAGAUUGAUUAUUAAAUAAAUCAUAAAUAAAAUUAACCAAUGAAAUAAAAAUAAAUGAAUAAAAAAUUAUAAAUAUGUUGGUAACGCUAACAAUCGGAAUAAACGUAGAACAAUUUGUAUAUUUUUUUUAUUAGAUGCAAAUUCGAAUAUUUAAAUCCAUACACUAUGGUCUAGACCAAAUAGACAUAGUUUUAAUGUCGUAUAUAUUAUAUAUCUCUCUCUCUCUGUUAAACUUUAAUCCCGCCUGAUAUUGUUUCGAUUUUUUGAUGAGAAGUUUAUAUUAUACUUAAUUAUUACGGACAGGCCCCGCAAGUGGGCAACGUAUCUACGAUUUCAUUUUGGCGACCAAUUGUUUAAUUUCGCUACAUAGGUCGAGUCAGGUUCGACUGUGUUAUUUUUUUUUGUUUGAAAUUGAUUUAUGUUGUAGUUUAGCACUAUUAGGCCCAGCCUUUCGUUCGACUGUCUAGAAUUUAGGCUAAAUGUUAGUCAGUCUGCCAACAAGAAGAUGUUAUGUUGCCACACCGCAUUCCUAACUGGAGUAACAAAAAAAUGUACGGAACAAGGCGGUAAUUGUUCAUUUAAGAGUAAAAAGAAAAUAAGACGCUCUAGCGUCUGUCACUGUAACAUAACAAUAACUGUAAAAUAACAAUAGAUUAUUGUCUUCAGUUAGGUAUUUGGGUGAUGGGUUUUCAUUGUUAACUUCGUAGUCACUCCACUACUAAGAUGAACGUCAUACGUUAUUUAAUUAUUAUUAUUGUCGUCUUUGUCCGGAUCUUAAAAAUGUGCAUUUUAAAAUAAUCAUUAGCGUGUAGUUGAAUGGAAACAAGUGAGAAACGGAUUUCGACUAAAGUCACGUGUUUUAAUGAUAUUUUUAAAAUUGUCGAUAACAAAAUGCAUUUACUUAAUAUCAAGUGUCUUAUUUUGAGUAUGUAUGUUAAUUUAAUGUGUCUUUUUAACUACAUGCAAUAUGAUCAACAUCUGCUUUGAUAUAUUUUUUUUAAUAAAAGUUACUCUCUGAAUUUA